AUGAAGGCUAAUGCUGAUGAGGAAGCGAGGCUAGAGUCAUCGCUGGUCGUGCAAGAGUAUCCAACCUUGGAAGGCAACGAGGGGGUGUACACCUCGCGGGCUCUUGGUUUCUUCACCAUCAACUCCUCGCUCCGGGCUACUGCCAUCCGUAUCGUCGACGCCCAGUGGUUCACCUACCUUGUCCUUGCUGUUAUUGUCGUCAACACUGGUUUCAUCUCGGCGUCUACUCCGAGCGAUGACCCAAGCUCCACCAAGACCCGCGUGCUCGAUGUGGCCGAGCUCACCUUUAUGGCCUUCUUUACCCUGGAGAUGAUGCUCAAGAUACUCGCUUUUGGCGCCUUUGCUCACCAUCACGCCUAUCUCCGCUCCGGAUGGAACGUCUUUGACUUUACCAUUGUUUGCCUCGGCUACCUCUCGCUCAUGGCGCUGCCCAUUCUCGCCGGCUCCAACGUCACCGCCCUCCGCACCCUCCGCGUCUUUCGCCCGCUUCGAACUCUCCGCACCAUCCGCUGGUUCCGCGGCCCGCGCACCCUCGUCCGCUCGGUCAUCGUCUCGCUACCGGGCCUCUUUGAUGCCACUGUCCUCCUCCUCUUCUUCAUCGCCAUCUACGGCAUCAUGGGCGUGCAACUCUUCGGCGGCGCCCUCCGCCAGCGAUGCGUGCACGCUUCCACCGGCGAGCUCGCCCCGCUCACUGCCCGCCUCUGUGGCCUGGCUGACAAUACCGCCGGCCUCUCCUGCCCGCCGGACUACGUCUGCACCGCCGCCGGUCCCAAUCCGGGACACGGCUUUGAGUCGUUUGACCACUUUGGCGUCGCUGUCAUCGUCCUCUGGAACGUUCUCAACCUCGACGGCUGGUCCGCCCUCAUGUACUCGCUACAGGACGCCGUCUCGCCGUGGGUGUGGCUCUACUUUGUCACCUUUACACUCCUGCUCUCGUUCUUUGCCGUCACUCUCUUCCUCGCCAUCCUCACCGAGUCAUUCACUAUCACCGCCGAGGAAGAAGAGGUUGCCGCAGCUGCCGACCGCGCACGCUCCAUCCGCCGCCAGGCCUCGCAAACAGGCGUCGCCGCGGGCGUCCUCGCCGCUGCCUUUGCCGCGCCGAGCAUCCGCAGCCAGGCCUCGGAGCCGCAACCGACCCAACGCGCCGCCUCGCUCGAACGCGGCUGGUCCAUUGUGGCCGACGCGCGCCGCGUCGCAGACAACACCACGUGGCUGGAGGGCAAGCCUGCUUGGAUCGUGCAGCUCAAUGCCGUUGUCCGCUCGCCCACCUUCUUCUUCACCGUCCUUGCCCUCAUCCUUCUCAACACCGUCGUCCUCGCCGCCGAGCAUCAUGGCAUGUCGCCGGCGCUCAAGGACUGGCUCGAUGCCUUUAACGUCUUCUUCAUCGUCCUCUUUGCCAUUGAGCUUGCCAUCCGCAUCGUCGGUCUCGGCCCGCGCCAGUUUGGCAAGGACUACUUUAACGUCUUUGACUCGCUCGUCGUUGCCCUCUCCAUCCUCGAAGUUGCUCUUGGCUGGUCGUCGGCCAUCUCGGUCUUCCGCGUCGUCCGCCUCCUCCGCGUCGUCCGCAUCCUUCGCGUCAUGCGAUUUGUCAACCGCCUCUCCUCGCUGCGACGCCUCCUUGACACGGUCACCUCCGGCAUCGCCGCCGUCUCGUACACUGCCGUCCUCCUCUUCCUUCUCCUCUUCAUUUUUGCCAUUGUCGGCAUGGAGUUGUUUGGCGGCUCGUACUCUGCCCAGCCUGGACGUGCCAACUUUGACACACUCUACUGGUCGUUUGUCGCCGUCUUUCAGACCUUUACCGGUGACCGCUCAUCAGACUUGCUCUACGAAGGCAUGCGCACGACCACUGUGGUCGGCGCCAUCUACUUUGUCGCCCUCACCGCAGUCUCCAUCAUCCUCAAGUUUCUCUUCCUCGCCGUCAUCCUCCACUACUUUACCCACCCAUACUCGCCCGACGACCCACUUGCAGGCUCGCUCUCCUCACUCGUCACGCAGGACUCGGGCUCGACCGGUACCGCUGCCAAGCAACAGCCGCGCACGCCCACACCCCAGCUUCCGGACCCGCCGUCGCCGCCACAAGGCCGCAUUCCGUUCCCCGCCGUCCCGGCCUCGAUGACAGCCGCGCCCUCUCCGCCCACGCCGCAGACUCCCGCCGAAACCGCCGCCGUCGGCAGUGAGCGUAGCUCUGACUCGGCGUCGCCGUCACCCGGCGGCGACUCGCUCCGCACUGCCAUGUUCCGCGCCUCUGCCGAGGCAAGCCGCGCGGCCCAGCAGUGGAGUGGGGCCAAGACCAGGACCCGCCCGCGGUCGUCGUCACUCCGCUGGCAGCUGCGGUCCAAGAACGCCUCCAGGUUUACCCCCGAAAAGGCCGAGGCCUUCCAGGUUGCGCCCAUCCCCAGCUACAGCGACCUCGCCAAACUCCGCCAGCAGAAGAUCGACCACGCCAACUCGGCCGAGCUCCAUCGGCUGGCCACCGUCAAGAUGUUCACGGCCGCACCACCCAAGCCCAAACCAGCUUCGGUCGUCAGCGCCAUCGCUGCUAGCAAGCACCCACUCCCGCCCUCGGCCGACCCGUACGCGCAGGACGCGGCCGAGACCGAGGCUGCAGCCGCCGCAUCCUCGGUCCCUGUCCACCGUAGGCUUGGUGUGGCACUCGACGACUCGGGCUAUGCUAUGUCCAUGCGCUCGCAUCAGCGGGCAUGGCAGGCGCAGCAGCUCCGCGAACAACUGGAAGCCAGCGGGACGAUCGCCCACGACCACGCCGUCGAGCCGCCGCCGGACCCGUCGGUUCUUGAUCCAUCCGGCCCGUCGAUGCGGUCACCGCUCUCGCGUGGCGCCGACGCGCCGCGCCGCAAGCGCCGCAAGCGCCGGGUCCGCCGCCUCCCCGACGCCGCAUCGCGGCUAGUCCUUGUCAAGAAUGAGCUCCUUGUCCCGCGCGGCGGGCGUGAGGCCCAUGCCCGCGAGCGCGCCGCCUCGCGCGAGCGCUCCGCACAUCCACGCAAGCGCGGCUCGGGUCUGCCGCUGGUUGGCUACGCAUGCUUUCUCUCGCGGCGGUCGUGGAUCCGAGUCUGGCUUCACUCGAUUGUCUCUGCGCCAUGGUUCGAGCCGUUCAUCAACGUGUGCAUCGUGCUCAACUGCGUGUUCAUGGCGCUCGACCACCCGGCGGUCGACUCGGCGUCGCCGCUCGGGCGAGCCAUCUUUUUGCAAGACUGGGGCUUUCUCCUUCUGUUCACCGCCGAGGUUCUCGCCAAGAUGGUGGUGUACGGCGUGUGGUGGGCCGAGUACGCGUACCUCCGCGACAACUGGAACCGUGUAGAUGCUGCCGUCGUCGCCCUUGCCUGGCUUGGCCUUCCUUUCGGCAACGUGCUCCGGGGCUUGCGUGGCUUCCGUGCUCUCCGUCCGCUCCGGCUUGUCAUCCGCUCGGCCAAGCUCCGGCUGGUGGUCACUGCGCUCUCCAACGCGGUGCCGUCGAUGCUACAAAUUGUGGUCAUUACCCUUGUGUUUUGGCUCAUGUUUGGCAUCAUGGGCGUGACACUCUUCAAAGGCCUCUUCUACGCCUGCAAUGAUCCGUCUGUUGCUGGGCGCGCAGAGUGCGUCGGCGCCUUUGACCCGGACCCAGUGGUGACCAACGGCACGCUGCUUGCCGGUACCGCCAUUCCGCGAGUCUGGGCCAACGCGCCGUACUCAUUCGACAACAUUGGCGAGGCCAUGCUCACUCUUUUUGAGGUCUCGAUGCUCCACGGCUGGGCAGACAUCAUGCGCUCGGGCACCGACGCGACUUCGGUCGACCUCCAGCCAUCGCCGUCGAGCAAGCCGGCUGCAGCCAUCUACUUUAUUGCCUUUAUUGUCUUUGGCUCUCUCUUUGUCCUCAACCUCUACAUCGGCGUUGUCCUCGACCACCUCAACCAGAUGACUUACCGCCGGACUGCGCUUGGCUCGGGCCGGCUGGCAUCUAUGGCCACACCGGGCCUAUGGUCGUUGGUCACGCCUGCACAGCGCAAACUUAUCCUCACCCAGCGCGUGCUUGAGGCGACCCAGCCGGAGCGGCCGCCGCCAGCGGUGCCAACCAACCCAUUCCGGUUCGAAGCGUAUCGCCUUGUCUCGGCACCGCUGUUUGAGGUCGGUGUCGUGGCCGCCAUCUUGCUCAACGGCAUCAUCCUCACCAUCGCACACUACCAGCAGCCGAGCGAGGUGACAGACACCCUGUUUGUCGCCAAUGUCGUGUUUGUCAUUCUCUUUACCCUCGAGCUGGUACUCAAGGUCGCUGCCUGGGGGCCGACCUACUACCUUGGCGACGGAUGGAACCGGUUCGACGCCGCUGUUGUCGCUCUCUCUCUCCUCGGCCUCGCCUUGCGAUCGGGUGUGGCCCCACCAACUGUCCGAGUCCUCCGUGUCGGGCGGCUGUUCCGGCUGGCGAAGCGGACCCAGACGCUCAACCGCCUGUUCAAGACACUCCUCCACUCACUCCCGUCGCUCUUCAACAUCGGCGCGCUCGUCGGCGUCGUCUUCUUUGUCUAUGCGCUACUGGGCGUCUCGCUCUUUGGUCGUGUCCGCGUCGCCACGGCGCCGGGCGAGCCGGGCUUCUCGCCGCGUGCCUCUUUCUCGCGGUUUGACUACGCGCUGCUCACGCUCUACCGCGUGGCGACCACGGAUGGUUGGGCGGAAGUGAUGCGGGCGGCGCAGCUGCAGCCGCCGCAGUGCGAUCCCGCGGCCGACAACUGUGGCUCGUCGUGGGCUUCGCUCUACUUCAUCUCGUUUGCGCUCACUGGCACCUUUGUCAUGCUCAACCUGUUCAUUGCGGUGGUGAUGGAGAACUUUGCGGACAACGCCGUCAUUCCGCCGCAAAAGCUGCGGGUCAUCAAACGGUUCAAGCGGUCAUGGGCGGCUUCGGAUCCCGAGUCGACGGAGUACGUCACGCCGCAGGACCUCAUUCUGGUCAUGCAGCGGUUGCCGUCGCGGGCGUCGGCGCUGGCGGCUGUCGCCGAGGCCGGCCUUCGGAUCCACGGCGUCGGCGAGUCGAUGAAGGUCUGUGGCGUGACGCUCCCGUGGUUUUGCUCGCAGCCGCAUCCGUCGGGGGUGUACUUUAAGGAUGUGCUGAUGUACGUGGUGGCCAUUGCCAUCGCCCGCGAGGCCGAGGGCCUCACCGACGACAUCGAAGCGAGCGAAGACCUGCCGCCGCCGAUGGUUGUCCCUGUCUCGCCGGUCAUGAGUUCAGCGUCGUCGUCGACAGCGGUGUCGUCGACCACCUCCGCCGACGAUCUCCCGCCGCGCGAGCUCGACUUGGGAGCAUCGAGCGACUCGGUCGCCUCCUUGCCGCCGUGAGCUCGGACCUGCUUUCGGAGCUCUCCGAGGCGGCGCGGGGCAGCUCGUAUUACUCAUCGUACUCGUACGCGUAUGAGAGCUCAGGGGAGACACGUUAGUGCACCUUCGAGGACGUCGCCCAGGCCGAUAAACAGGGGGUCGUACG